UACCUUCUACCUGUGCGCUGUUCGAGACGUGCCGCUCGUCAGUCGUGCUUUCCGUGCCGGGGCGCGUGCGCGUUUGACUUGCGCCAGUGACUUAAGUCGAAUUUGCAUUCUCCGGACGAAACUUCUACAACGGAAAUUCUUCCCAUCAACAUUGCGCGACCACUAAAAUACAAUAAUUAAUACACUUAAGUAAAUAUGUAUGUGUAAUUCACACAUACCAUAAAUUUAUAAAUUAUUGCACUUAAUUUUCAAGUCACAGCUUAGUUUCGUCAGCGCAGCGUUUGUUCGAUUGUUAAGUUUCAUCACGCUUGUGUGUAUGUAAGAACUGUGCACCAGAAUUGACAGCUGUGUAAGUGUAUGUGCUUAUGUUGUGCAUGUGCGUGCGUAUCAAAAUAAGGAAAAUGGUUUCACCAAAGGGAUCCUGGUUGGUCAUCGCAUUGGGAUUGUUUACUUUAGCAAAUGCAAGAGUAAAUCCAAAAGUAAAAUGCACACCAGAUACGAUGCGGAUAGAGGUGCCGAUUGGUGCUUUGACGCGUCAGGUAUAUCUGCAGGGAUUGAAGGAUUACCCAGAUCCAGCAUGCCGACCCCGUCAAGACGCGGCAGGAUCGCUGGCGAUCCUUGAACUGAGCCUCACUGACGUCUACCAAUGCGCCACGACGCGCGUCACAAAUAAACUGACGGGCAAACAAGUCUACUACCAAACACUGAUAAUUGAUAAUAAGGAUGAUGAAGGCAUUCCGAACCGAGAAUUGGUCCAUAUAAAAUGUUCAGUUUCGUCUCUGAAAAAUCAUACGCAUUCUCAUGUGAUAACAAGGCGCAAUACACUACCAAUUGGAUUUCAAGAACCUGAGGACAUCGAGGUUUCCUACAGUUUAACGGAACUAGCACCGGAACCUGUAUUGGGGGUUGGGGUACGGCAGGGUGGUAACCUCGUCACAGGGGAACUGAACGUGUCGCCCGGCACGCUUCUUCAGAUGGAGAUCUUUCUCGAUAAGGCCUCUUCGCCGAUCUACGGUCUACUCGUGACGCACAUGCAAGUCACCGACACCAAAAACCAAGAAGAAACAAUUAUUUAUAAUGGUUGUUCAGUGGAUCCAUACCUCUUCGAGAACUUCAACACCGUCGACGGCGAUUUUCUCACGGCAAAAUUCCGUGCGUUCAAGUUUCCCGAAUCGACGUAUGUGCAAUUCAAAGGCACCGUUAACGUCUGCCUGGAUAAAUGCAAAGGGAUUGAAUGCAGUGAUGGCCAAGUAGGCUACGGACGUAAAAAGCGUGCCAUCUCCUCAGUUCCAGCUGACCCAAACAAGAUCUUCGAAAUAACCAUCACUUCUUUCAUCAAAGUAAACUACGAAGACGGGCAUGAAGAAUUUGAAGAGAUUGUCAAGAAUCAAACGAAAGUCUAUAGCAAUAAGAAGCUAAUUGUUGGUAAUCAGAUGAGCGUAGAAAAAAGUGGAACACACAAUAAUCUGCGCGUGAAAAAAGUCACCGAAGAGCAAUAUAUUGUUGCCGAGAAUGCCGCUGCCAGUCAUCAUUCGUAUUCACUCGGCUUUAUUAUGCUAUUCUCAUUUGUAUAUCUACACAUUCGUCGCUAACCAAAAUCGGUAAAUGUAACAACGCGACAACGAAAACUAAAACUAUUAAUACCACAACCAAUUUAAGUGCAGAAUGGAAGAGGCAAACAUUUAGCAUUUGAAUUAACAAUAGUUUUACGAGAUAUUUAGCAUUUGUCAUAAUCAACCGAGCGUGAAACAUUGAACCAAGAAACAAUAAAUAUAACUACAAAGAAAACAACUAAAAGUUUGCAUAAUAAAAUAAAUGAAAAUGCUUAAGGAAUGACUGUGAUACUUACAAAACUCAUUUUUAUGUAAUGAUAUUUACGUAAUCGUAUUCUUAUUAACAUUUGUUUUCUUAUUUAAAUAGACUUAAAAAUUCUGCACUUUUAUCGUAUAUUAUUCUACUAGAUAUUAUGUUUUCACAACUGUUAGAAACAGGACGAUUUAUUCAAGAAAUCAACAAUUAAAUAUAACUAAAUACUAUUCUUGGAGAACUUUUCCCGUUUCUUUUUAUUUUGAAAAUGUAGAUAUUAUUUUAUUGAUAUUCUAUUAAUAUUUAUUUAACAUCCAUUUAAAGAGCAAUGAAACAAAAACUUAAAACGUAAAAAACAAUGCUCAUAUUGUGUGCAAUUUAUGUUUCUUUUAAUUAUAAUGAUCCAACAUUUUAUCUAUUGCAUAUAUUUUCAAUUUAAAACUUAAAAACACGCUACUGUAAUUUUGUAAACAACAAAUUGUAUUUUUACUAAGAAUAAAACUAAUUAUAUUUAA